AUGAGUAAGGGAUUGGCCCCAAGUAAAAGUACUGUGUACAUAAGUAAUCUGCCAUUCAGCCUAACCAACAAUGAUAUUCAUCAAAUAUUACAGCCAUAUGGUAAAGUGGUCAGAGUAACUGUGGUAAAAGAUAAAGAAAGUCGGAAAAGCAAAGGUGUUGCAUUCGUCUUAUUCUUAGAUAAAAAUGAUGCUUUUAAUUGUGCAAAUAAAUUGAAUAAUAUGCAGAUGUUUGGUCGUACACUGAAAGCAUCGAUCGCCCGAGAUAAUGGUCGAGCUGCUGAAUUUAUUCGUAGACGAGAAUAUCCUAAUAAAUCUCGAUGCUAUGAAUGCGGCUCUUUCGGACACCUUAGUUAUAAAUGUGAAAAAAACUCAUUGGGUGAACGUGAACAACCGGUAAAGAAACGUAAAGUUCGAAAGAAACUCAAUUCUCAUUUGUCUACAUCAGAUCCGCGUAAUAGGAAAACACAAAUGAAUCACGACAACAGCGACAAUGAGAAUGAUGAGGAUAAUGAAAUAGAUGAUCCGUUGGAUAGCUGGAGUGCAGCUGUACAACAUCAAGCAGAACUCUACAGUAGACAGUCGUCAUCUCAAUCAACAUCGAAGAAACUAUGUAUUCGUCCGAAUUCAUAUUUUUCGGACGAAGAGGAUAUUGAUGAUUCUUAA